GAGAGAAGCUGACUUCUUUAUUUUUCUCUUGUUAAAUAACUGAUUUAGUAUAGUCAUAGGACAUGUUUUCCACAGACACAAUAUGACCUGAACACGACGGAUAUGUAUAAUUCCAUACGUUUAGGAUUACUUACCAUUAUGAAGGGAAAGGAGAUUGUAGCAAUUGUCUUUUUUGGCUUCUGCUUAAUCCACCAUGUGAAAGGCGCCGCUUGUCCUUCCAACCAAUGGUCCUUGGAGCAGGGCUUCUGCUACAUCAGGAAGACUGGCAGUGUCGACUACUCCGCGGCAGAAACUGCCUGCCAGGGUUUGGGAGGAUAUCUGGCCACCGUGGCAGACAGUGGGGAGAACACCAGGAUUUCAAGUAUUACCCCCGCCGGAUUGGGAUCGAGUCAGAAAUUUUGGAUUGGUCUCACUAAAAAUACCAGUACAUCUCUGUGGGUCCUGAAUAACAACGAAAACACCACAUAUUUCAACUGGGGUCUCUCCCCCGUGGCCGAGCCCAAUGGCGACGGAGACUGUGUCGUGUUUGGGCCAGGGGCCUACUGGUUUGACGAGAACUGCGCCACCACCGUCAACGGAUAUAUCUGUGAAAGACCAGGGGAAUGUCCAACAGCGCAGACGUUGACUCAUGCCACGACAAAUUCGACUCUGAAUGUCAUCGGCAACGUGAUCGGGUACCAGUGUCAUUCAGGCUAUGAGCACAGUGACGGCACAGAGAACAAGGCCGUGGAGUGCCUCGACUCAGGGUUGUGGUCUGAGACUCUAAGCGAUUGUACUAGGAAAAACUGCUCGACCCCACCCACCGUAAAUAACGCAGAUAUAGAGCCUGGAUACAACACGUUGUUCGAGUCCGAGUUGAACUACACGUGUCACAACGGGUACCAGUUUUCACCCGGAGUGAAGGAAAUGAUCAUCUCAUGCAAUGCCAGCGGCAUGUGGAACGUCACACCACCGCAUUGUACACUUAAAACCUGCCCAGCCGUUCAAACCAUACAGAACGGCGCCCCAGACACGACGGCCACCGCUGCCUUUACCACCGUCACAUACAGCUGUAAUACUGGCUACGAGUUCACGGAUAACGAGACGGUGAAAUACGUGACCUGCCAAAACGAUGCCACUUGGAACGAUACCGUCAGUGACUGCAGGAGUGAGUUGUUUUAG